CCCACCACAACUCCAGCUGCUUCCCCGCGCGGCCGCCGGCCAAUUGGGUGGCGAGUUCCAUUGACGUCAGGCGAGGUGAGGCGAGGCGGCAGCUCUGGACGCUCGGUGGCAGGUCUGGGGCCGGAUUCCGGACUCGAGUGAUCGUCGACAACUCGCCCCCAUGGUCCACACAGGGCCGUGAACCUGUCAUAGUCGGCAGACCCGGAACCUCGGGUUCCUCGAUGGAGGACUGAGGCGUUCGGUCCGUCGCUUGCGCCGGAGAGCGGUCGGUGCGAGGCGAGCGAGCGGGCGGUGCGGGCCGGGCCCGGGGGGGCGGCCUGGCGUCGGUCGCCCGCCCGCCCGCCCGCCAUGGGCUGCACCCCAAGUAUCCACGUCUCCCAGAGCGGAGUGGUCUAUGGCCGAGACGCGGACGGCUCGAGCUCGUCUCAUCGAGACGGCGGCCCGCUCAGCCUCCCCAACCCCAGUUCCUGGCCGUCGGCUGGUAAGGAGGAACGGGUCACCCGAUCCGAGAUCCAGGGAGGAGUGACGGAGGUUCAGUUUGGAGCAAUGAAGAUCCGACAGGAAGCCGUCCAGGUGCUUUUAGUGUUUCCCAAGGAAGAUAGCCAGAGUGCUGGAUUCAGUCGGGCAUGUGAUCAAGCAGGGUACAAGUGCAAUGUGGCAAAGACACCAGAGGCGGCACUCAAAACUUUCUUGGACCAGAAUCAUGAAAUCAUCGUCAUAGAUAAAAGGCAUUCCACACAUUUUGAUGCACAAGCUCUCUGCAGAUCUAUCAGAGCAACAAAGUCAUCAGAAGGAACCGUCAUUGUUGCUGUUGCAAAAUAUCUUCAAAGGGGUGAAGAGAUCUCAGUGAUGCCAUUGAUUGCAGCAGGAUUCACACGGUGGUAUGCUGAAAAUUCCAGUCCCAUUGCUUGUUAUAAUGAACUCAUCCAGUUGGAGUUUGGAGAAGUCCGUGCACAAUUUAAACUGAGGGCAUCUAGUGCAAUCUUCACAGCUUUGGACCAAUGCCUAGAGUCAAUAGAAAUUACAAGCAACGAUAAUAUUAUUCAGUACGUGAACCGCACAUUUGAAGGACAGAUGGGUUACCAGAGAGAGGAAUUGAUAGGAAAGGAGCUAACACAAGUGCCCACUAGCGAUAAAAAUAAAGCUGAUAUCCCAAUUAAGAUCGACAGCUAUUGUGCAGAAGGAAAGCAAUGGCAAGGAAUGUACUAUGGGAAAAAGAAAAAUGGAGAAUUAAUUUGCCAAAAUAUGAAAAUAACGCCUGUCAUAGGACAGGGAGGGAAAAUUAGACACUAUGUGUUUAUUAAGAUCCCAUGUGGAAAUAAGACUGGGGAAUCUGGAUCUUCUGAUCGAUUUCAGCUUGAGCUUCCACCAGACUUGCUUACUUCCAAGUACAAAGGCAGAAAGAAAAGUUAUGAUGUUAGAUCCAGCACAUCACGAGGGAGUGAUGGUAGCUUCCAUGGUAGGAGUUCCUCUAUUGCUAGGAUACAUUCCAUGUCCAUUGAAGCACCAAUUACCAAGGUAAUGAAUAUAAUAAAUGUGGCGCAAGAGAACAGCUCUGACGCAGUAGCUGCAUCUUUAGAUCGUGUGCUGGAUAUUCUCCAAACUCCAGAAUUAUACUCUCCACGGCUUGGACGCAAUGAAGAUGAUCCACACACCAGUGAUCUGGUCGAUGGCCUGAUGUCAGGUAGCUUGCGGACACUAGGUGGAAGUAUGAAUGCCUUCAAAAAUGCAAGCAACACUCAGUUGCAAAUUUCUACCUUGACCAUUGAUACCCCUGCAACGAUAAGUGAAUUGCUGGAAAAUGAGGAGAAUUGGGAUUUUAAUAUAUUUGAAUUGGAGGCUGCGACACAAAAAAGGCCUCUCGUCUAUCUUGGGCUGAAAAUAUGCUCACGUUUUAGAGUCUGUGAAUAUUUGCACUGUUCUGACACGACUUUUCGCACUUGGAUAAACAUUAUUGAAUCAAAUUACAUCUCGUCAAAUACGUAUCACAACUCAACGCAUGCUGCAGAUGUGUUGCAUGCAACAGCUUAUUUCCUUAGUAGGGAAAGAGUUAAGCAAAGAUUGGACCAUACUGCUGAAGUAGCAUCUAUUAUUGCUGCCAUUGUCCAUGAUAUUGAUCAUCCUGCCCGGACAAAUGCUUUCCUGAUCAACGCAGGCACUGAUCUGGCUGUCCUUUACAAUGACAUGGCUGUACUGGAGAGUCACCACGCAGCACUGACGUUCCAACUGACAAUUCGGAAUGACAAAUGUAAUAUCUUCAAGAACAUGGAGAGGAACGAGUACAGAAUCCUCCGAAAAUAUAUCAUUGACAUGGUCCUUGCCACGGAGAUGACAAAACACUUUGAACAUGUCAACAAAUUUAUGAACUGCAUCGUUAAGCCUUUGUCUGGAUUUGAUGAUAGUGCCAUUACGCUUGGCCCCAGCAGUAUUAAUAUAUCCAGAUCUUCCAUCAACUCUCUUGAGAACCGAACUCUGAUCAUGCGUAUGUUAAUUAAAUGUGCUGAUGUCUCCAAUCCCUGCAGACCACUGGAGCUGUAUAUUGAGUGGGCACAUCGUAUUUCAGUGGAGUACGCUGAUCAGACUGACGACGAGAAAGAAAAAGGCCUCCCUGUGGUAAUGCCUCUGUUUGACAGAAAGAACUGCGACAUCCCCAAGAGUCAGAUGUCUUUCAUUGAUUAUUUUAUAACAGAUAUGCUCAGUACCUGGGAUGAUUUUGCUGACCUGCCUAACCUGAUAAAACACCUAGAGAAGAACUUUGAUUACUGGAAGAAACUGAGUGAAAAUAAAUGACUAUUUUCCAUCCUCCUGUCAGCAGUGACUAGGCCAUGAGUUGUCAUUCUGCUCUGACUUGUCCAGAAUGAUCCUCCUAGAGAGACUGGGAUAGCAGGGAUGCACACUCCUACUCGGCUGUGAUUCUUACUGUGGAUUAGCACUCAUCCUGCGCCAGUGUCAAGUUGUCAAGCAAGAAUGAAGAAAUCAAACCAACUGCUGCAGAAAUAUGCUGCACAAUUUUCAAAGCUCAGUCUGACUGUCUCACCUCCUUCCUGUGCUAGCUACCUCUGGUCUUGUCACAACCCAUUGGGUCAAAGGUUGUCUGAUCACCUGCACUAAACAAGACUGUGCCACUGAGGAAUGCAAAAUGUCGUCGGAGACCUAGAUGUGUAGGGACCCGUAUCCUGCUUGUUUUUCGGAUCGUAGGAAGAAGCACUCCCUCAUUUCUGAGCACUACUGAUAACAGUUUAUAGUUUGUAAAAAGUAUAUAUAUAUGAACCUCGGGAUAAAUGUUUCAAAGGAAA